GGCCCAACUUGGGCGUUGCUCCGUCGUCGUCUUCCUCCUCUCUCAAAGGCAGCCAAAGCUGCCUUGACAAAUCUCAUGUUUACACUGAACCUCACCUCGCAGCUACCCACCUCUUCCCCCCAAUCCAACAACACAGUGCUCCGUGCGUCGUCCUCUUCGCUGAAUCCAUUUGCGAUUGCUUGCUCGUGGACUGCAGUUGAAGGUUCACAUCUGGGCAAAACUGUUUUUAUGUGUUGAGCGAACUACCUGAUCUAGCCGUUCCCAUCAGGAUUCCCCUGUUUACUCCAGUUCAUCUCUUAAGUUGAGUUUAUUUUUGCUCCUUUCUGUGGCACACUGCCAACACGAUUCAGCUCAAGUACAAUACCGCAAGAUAAAGAUAUCCAUGUCUGGCGAUCAAGGGCAACUCGAUGUGCAAUGCCUAGUUUGCACUAGACCUUUUACUCUGGAUACUGAUGUGACUGACAGCUUUGAAGCUUUGGCCAUAUGCCGUGAAUGCAAGAUUACUGUGCUUAGUGACAACAAUAGAGAUAACACUACCAGCACAUAUCGAGAAAGAAGAAGAGGAAGGCCAAGAUCCAGGGCCACAAGGCAUGGACCUGUUGAGGACACUUUCUCACAGCAGUUCUCCCAAUUGAUCAACUUAGCAAGACAAGGCCAUGAAGCAGAUAUUGAUUCUCCCACAGUUGUGCGCCAGCAGGCAUCCUAUACCUCUACCCCAAACCGAUCCCAAAGAUGGCACACUUCAGAUGAUGAGAGUGAUAGUCUCAAUUAUGUCGAUUCGGUAUUCGGUGAAAUUGAAUCAAUUAUCAGUUUUGGUGACUAUGGUGGUGAUUCGGAUGCUUCUCUUGAUAACCACACUGUAGUGGGCAGAGACGUUACCAUGCUGCUUGACAAUGAGAGCUACAUGAACACAGACACAGAUAUUGAUCCCAUGAAUGCUGGAAUUGACCAGCGGGACUCCGAUGAUCCAGAAGAUGAUUACGAUGAGCAGUUGGAAGAGUCUGAUUUGAAUGAAGCAGUUGAAACCAUGCACCUGGGCCGCUGGCAUGAUAUUGCCCCUAUUGGAUUGAACGAGCGGGAUUCUGAAGACUCCAUAUGGACUUGGAGAUUAGGUGGAAGUCAAGGAGUACACAAUGCUAAUUCGAGGGAAGAAUCAGAAGGGCCACAGAUCAGAAGACAUUUUGUUGGGAAUCCUGGUGACUAUGCUGAUGCGAGACAGUUUCAAAUGCUUCUUGAGCAAUUUGCUGAGGACAACGAUCCAAGAAGAGGAGCUCCACCUGCAGCCACAUCCUUUAUUGAAAAUCUUGCAUCUACUAUUCUCUCCACAAGCCACGAGACAUGUGCAGUAUGCAAAGACCCUAUGCCUAUCGGAACAAGAGCAAAACAGCUGCCAUGCAUGCAUCUAUAUCAUUCAUCAUGUAUCUUGCCCUGGCUUAGCUCUAGGAAUACUUGCCCAGUUUGCCGAUAUGAGCUUCCUACAGAUGACCCGGAAUAUGAAAGAGCUAAGCGAGCUGCAAUAAAUGAAAGGGACAUGCAUGGUAUGGGGCACACCCGGCAGCAAGAAAUAGUUGAAGAAACUUCUGAUGAAGUAGUAGCUGAAGGAGCACAUCAUACAGUAAAUGGUGCAGAAGUAGAGGACAGUACAGAUGAACUUGCUGUCCAUGCUGCACAACAGCCAGAUAGAGGACGCGGGCGCACUAGAUGGUUGUUUAUUGCAGCCGCUCCAGUUGUAAGUUUUGUUAGUUUAGCUCUAGUUUUGUGCUUUGCAAACCCUGCUACCAGUGGUAGAAAGCAACUGUGGAGGAGAUCCCAAAGUGCCGCAUCGUCACACGCAGACACAAAAAAAAGUUGGUGGUCAAUGUUCUGGAAAACAUUACAUGCACGCUUGUAUCAAAUUUAGUGUGUCAGGCAUGUGAUUGUUGCCUGUAAAAUAGUUUAUUUAUUUAUUUAUUUUAACAAUACAUAACUGUUCUUUACUUGUAAUUGAGUUGAAAAACCCCCAUAGUUUGCCGAGUUUAGAAAUUAGAACAGUGUAAUUGUGCUUGCUAUUGUUCAACUGCUACAUGUUAUUUUAUGUCCUACUCUUCAUUAUGCU